UCCGCUCACAUUCUACCGAAGCCGAAAUGGGUCUAUUCAUGCCGCGGCUCCGUCCUGCCGUAAGUACCACAACGCCCUUUGUCGGGGGCUCUGUGGUACCCGACUGCUGCUUUAAACAGCAGCACUGACAUGGAAACCCCUUUGCAGCUGCAGAACGAUUUCUUCCCAGAGCAGCAGCAGUUCCAGCACUGUAAGUACCAGCACUACUGCGGGCGCGAGGAUCGCCUCGGCAAGCAGCAGCAGCAGCAGCAGCAGCAGCACGAGCACUGCUGCACCUGCAAUAACUGCACCUGUGAGGCGAGGAAAAGCCUCGUCUUUCGCGGGACGUCGCCGACCACUGUGGGAACUUUAAGGACACCUUCGGAAACGUCUUCGAGGCAAGGUUGUCAGUACAGCGUCUGCGAGUUCACACCCUCUAGUCAUGGUAGUUCAACCAGGAAUCAUCAUCAUCCUCACCAUCAGCAGCAGCAGCAGCAGCAGUGCCGCGGUCGGCAGCGGGGCAGCCUGGGCAGCAGCCACAAAGACAGUAACUCCUACAAUGAAAUAGCCAUGAGCAGCUGCAGAUACAACGGCGGCGUAAUGCGGCCGCUGAGCAACUUGAGCUCGUCCCGCAGAAACAUACACGAGUUUGAUUCCGAGUCCCAGCCUUUGCAGCCCAUCUCCGCCGCAGAUGCGUCGGACACUUUAGUAUCCAAGCCGGAGAAUAAUUCCACCACCCUCAUGCCUUACGCAUCGGGGGACGGAGGGGGAGGCUGCGGCCACAGCGGCGGCAAAUCGGGGAAAAAGAAGAACCAGAACAUUGGGGAAAAGCUUGGACACAGGAGGGCCCUGUUUGAGAAGAGGAAGCGGCUCAGCGACUAUGCUUUAAUCUUUGGGAUGUUUGGGAUCGUUGUUAUGGUUAUAGAAACUGAACUCUCGUGGGGAGCUUAUGGAAAGGAGUCCCUGUAUUCAUUAGCUCUAAAAUGCCUGAUAAGCCUUUCUACAAUCAUUCUCCUGGGGCUGAUUAUCAUAUACCAUGCGAGAGAGAUACAGUUAUUUAUGGUGGACAACGCGGCAGAUGACUGGAGGAUAGCCAUGACAUAUGAGCGCAUCUUUUUCAUCUGCCUGGAGAUCCUGGUGUGUGCGAUCCACCCCAUCCCAGGAAACUACACCUUCACCUGGACGGCACGCCUGGCCUACUCCUACGUACCAUCCAAGACGGAUGCAGACGUGGACAUCAUCCUGUCAAUCCCCAUGUUCCUGCGGUUGUACCUCAUCGCUCGUGUCAUGCUGCUGCACAGCAAGCUCUUCACAGACGCCUCGUCCCGCAGCAUCGGGGCACUCAACAAGAUUAACUUCAACACACGCUUUGUGAUGAAGACCCUCAUGACCAUCUGUCCCGGCACUGUGCUGCUGGUGUUCACCAUCUCGCUGUGGAUCAUCGCUGCGUGGACUGUCAGAGCCUGCGAGAGGUACCAUGACAACCAGGACAUAACCAGCAACUUUCUAGGAGCCAUGUGGUUGAUCUCAAUCACGUUUCUUACCAUUGGAUAUGGGGAUAUGGUCCCAAACACGUACUGUGGAAAAGGAGUCUGCCUCCUGACUGGAAUCAUGGGUGCUGGCUGCACUGCCUUGGUGGUGGCUGUGGUAGCAAAGAAACUGGAAUUAACCAAAGCUGAAAAACAUGUCCACAAUUUUAUGAUGGACACCCAGCUAACAAAAAGAGUGAAAAACACAGCUGCGAAUGUUCUCAGGGAGACGUGGCUCAUCUACAAGAACACCAAACUGGUGAGGAAGAUGGACCACGCCAGAGUCAGGAAGCACCAGAGGAAAUUUCUCCAAGCCAUUCACCAAGCUCGAAAAUUGAGAAGUGUUAAAAUGGAGCAACGCAAGCUGAAUGACCAAGCAAACUCACUAGUGGACCUUGCUAAGACUCAGAACAUCAUGUAUGACAUGAUAUCGGACUUGAACGAGCGAGGCGAGGACAUGGAGAAGAGGAUUGCCCUGCUGGAGACAAAGCUGGAGACUCUUCUGAGUAACUUGCAGGCUCUGCCUGGACUCAUCAGCCAGGUGAUCAGCCAGCAGCACAGGGACUUCCUGGAGGUGCAGCUCCAGCCUUAUGACAAACACAGCCCUGAGCGCUCACAGUCAGUCUCCCGACGGAGGUCGUCCUCCACAGCACCGCCCACAUCCUCCGAGAGCAGCUAGAGUCCACGGGGAACGCCUCCACUGAAGACUUUUGCCAUCAUAUGGCCAAGUUGCAUUUAUCGUAAAGCCUUAUGGUUUCAAUAAGUAUUAUCCAAAAUUCUGAUGACAGAAUCCUAGAUACUGGGGACAAUGCAUUUUAACGGAUAACUUCAUGCUGUUAUUUGUUUUUUAUUACCUCAAAAGGUGUUGUUAUCCUUGCUCUGGUGACAUGACCACAAAUAAUGGCGCUUCCCUCAGUACAAACUAAAGGCCUAUCGAUGGGGGUACGACCUGAGCUCUACUCCAUCUCUAUGCAGAGAUAGCCAGUUUUAGGUGGCAAGGUGUGAAACUAUUGCACUAAAAUAGUGCUUCUCACAGACUUUGUGCUUCUGCUGGCUUGGUUCAGUUUCCUUGAAGCAAACUGAGAAACCACUGAGUAAAUAAGUCAGGGAGCAUGACAGUGACAUUGAAGAAAAGUGCUGGGUUUGAUGGACUGGAGUGAACUGACACCAGAGGGCAGAUGAAAAUCGCUCCUACACACCGUCACUCAGAGAUAACUUAAAAAGCUUGAAAUGAGGAAAAAAAAGCAUAUAUCUUUUAGGUUAGAAACAGCAUCAACUAUAGCGGUUUUCUUUUGCAGAGUGCCCCCGUAGAAUGACUAUUUUUGGGGAGUAACAUUGCAAAUAAUUUAAUCCUCUAGUCAAAAUGAAUGCAUCAAAGUCUGUACUUGCACUUACUUUUUAAUCAAUGCACUUCAAUGCUGACUGACGUAUGAUAUACAGAUGCGUUGCUCAUUAAAAGAAGAACAUUUGAGAUGUUUGGGCAUGGGUUUAUUAUCGUCAAUUCUCAAGUUGUGGCUAGUGUUGAUGAACAAAGUCAGAGCCCUUUUUUCUGUGAUUCCAAAAGAAGCAUCAACAAGGACCUGUAGAAGUGUACAGGAUCUCACUGAGUGAUCAAAAACUCAGUCAUGACCCCUUUUGUCUUGCUGUGUCUCACCUCCUGUCCUUCUUUCAUGUGCUACUUAUGCUUGCUGUCACCCCAACUGGGCAACGACAAAAUGCUGAACAACAACUUGCUGUAACCGUAUCUACCUUUUAAAAAGAAAAUGCCUAUUUUUGUAUACUUUGAUGAGGACAAGCACACCUCCUACACUUAAAAAACAACAAGAUGAUGUAUGAAGUGACAGACUCAGCAUAGCUAGCAUAUGGUUUCAUAUUUUCUGGACCGGAGUUAAGAUACAUACAUACAGUUUAUUUUGUUCUUUUCUGAACUUAAUUAUGGACUAUUUAAAAAACGACAUUUUCCCACAAAUUGUAUUUAUUUUUUACAGCAAAUAUUUUAGAUGAAGCUGUUGGCAGAGCUGGAAGAGCAAUACUCAAGAGCAGAACUGGUAAACCUACCUUCAGUGGCUGGCAUUUAUUAGGUUUUAGAUAAAUGGCAAAUUAAGAUAUUUAAAUUUGAUUGAAAUAUCCUGUCAAACAGUCUAACUCCAUAUCAAACUGUGUGUAAGGCCCUAAUGUGGCCAGUAUACCCUCUAGACAUCAAUAUUCACUAUAUAAACAUAGUUAAUGCAACCUUUAGCAUAGCAUGGGUCAGAAUACAACAUCGGGUCAACUCAGCAGCACUGAUCUUGUUCAACCAGCCCACCCACUAACCAAUAAGUCAAUCAGAUGGUCAAAAAAACGGCAGAUGUUCAGUCCACAAACUUCAGCAACAUAGAAACCAAUGAGAGAUUAUACUGUAUGCGACUUAAACAAUAAACAA